AUGUCUCAUCCGUCACAGUUUUCAUCACUGCAUAAGGACCUCGCAUGGCUCAUCUUAGCGCGCGUGCCAAAACGCCUAUACCCAAUCCUCGCUUGCGUCUCCAAGACCCUACGCUCUCUUGUUCGCUCACCGGAGAUUCACAGGCUCCGCUCUCUACUCCGCAAAGACUCAGUCUACAUCUGCUUCAUGCAAGACGUAAACGGCGUCAACACCCAACGUUGGUUCACUCUCCGCAGAACUGAGAAUGAUCAGUUCGUCUCCGUGGACGACCUCGUGUUUCCUGAUCGUGAACAAGAACCUAUGCCUUCCAUCAUCGCUUGUGGUCCUGAGAUUUUCUUUAUCUCCGGAUCUUUCUUUCCUUCAUCAACCAUGUGGGUCUUUGAUUCUCGAACCGGCGAGUUUCGACAAGGACCAGAUAUGAGCGUGGAACGCUUUUUAAAGAGCGUGGGGUUAGUGGGAAGUAAGAUAUACGUGGUGGGAGGCUACUUGAAAGAUGAGAUUCAUCUCGCUGAAUCGUUAAACGUAAAGACGCAAACAUGGGAGCCAGCGCCGAUUCCUGCUGACCCAGACAGAGACAUAUGGUAUCUUCCGACGGCUAAUGUGUCGUUAGACAGAAAGGUUUGUGCGUUAAAGUCUGCUGAAUCCAUCGUUGUUUGCUACGAUACCAGAGAUGGUUCUUGUGAGGUUUUUGAUUUGCCGAGUGAUAAGUGGUGGGGGACUGGCGUGUGUGUGAUCGACAAUGUGCUUUACGUUUAUUACGCUAGGUUCGGGUUGAUGUGGUAUGACACUGUGCUAGGGCUAUGGAGAGUGGUGAAUGGUUUGGAUGAUAUGAAGAAGGUUCGGUCUGUUGCAAUGGGGGAGUACUAUGGGAAGAUGGCGUUUCUAUGGAGAGACUUUGCUUUUGUUGGUUGUGCAAUGAAGGAGGUUUGGUGUAGGAUGAUUGGUUUGGUUAGGAGUGAAGGAGGAGGGAUUGUUGGGGAUGCAGAACCGGCUCAGCUAAUGGGGAGUGUCCCUAGUGGCUAUAGGUUGCAGCAUUGUCUAUCAGUUUCAGAGUAA